AGUAUUGCGGUGGGCAAGCUAGGGUUUUCUUUUCGAUUUCUAGCUUGGACUCCCCUCAUUUCUGGCAUCACUCUUCUUGCAAAACCCUAGGUAUGUCUCGCUUGCUUGCUCUUGUACUUGAUCUUCUGCUUUAGCAUCAACCUUUAGGCUCCAUCUGGUGCGGUGAAGCAGAGUGAAAAUGGUGGAGAAGACGACAGGAAGGAAGGAGGAGGUGGUUACCAGAGAGUACACCAUCAACCUUCACAAACGCUUGCAUGGCUGUACCUUCAAGAAGAAGGCUCCUAAAGCCAUAAAGGAGAUCAGGAAGUUUGCACAAAAAGCCAUGGGAACAAAAGAUGUCAGAGUUGAUGUCAAGCUGAACAAGCAGGUCUGGAGCAGGGGAAUCAGAAGUGUCCCAAGGAGGAUUAGGGUUCGCAUUGCUCGCAGGAGAAAUGAUGAUGAAGAUGCAAAGGAGGAGCUAUACUCUCUUGUAACUGUUGCAGAAAUCCCACCAGAAGGACUCAAGGGUUUGGGUACCAAGGUAAUUGAAGAUGAUGAUUGAUUUAUCAUCCUUUUUAUAAAGUUUGCACUUUAUUAGCAGAACAAAACUUACAUGGGAGCUUGCCUGGUAAAGAGCUUGAUGACUUAUGAGACAAACUACCUUUGUUGGUGCAUCGUCAUUUAGAUUGUUGAAUUUUGUUCAAAUUUUUUGUUGUUGUGAAAGUAGUAGUUGUCUGAGAUAAGAGCUUUAUAAUGAUAUCUUCGAAAUGGAAGAAUGCUUAAGUUUCAAAUUUUCGGUGUUGAUAAAGUAAUAAUUCUAUU